AUGGCAACUAAAAUUCCCACAGAAAUAUUAAUUAAAAUUUUAAAUAAUUUUCAAUCAACUCGAGAUUUACAUUCAUCAUUAUUAGUUAAUCGAAUAUGGUGCAAAGUUGCUAUACCUAUGCUUUGGGAAUUAACUUUGUGUCAAGAAUUUUUGUGGUGGAAGAAAGCAUUAUGUAUUCGAACUUAUAUAUCAUGUAUGGAUACUCAAGCUAGAACUUUACUUAUUGAAAAUGGAUUUGAUUUAUCAUCGUCACCACCUCAAGCCAUUUUUGAUUAUCCAUCAUUCACUCAUAAAAUUAUAAUUGAUAAUCUAUUUUAUUUUAUUUCCAUAUAUUCACCACAAAUUAGUCCACCACAAAUUAAUCACAAUAAUUAUAAUAAUGAAAUUGCCAUGAUCAAAUCGAGAAUAUUAUUUCGUGAGAUAUGUAGAUUAAUAAUAAAUCAUUGUUCGUUUCUGGAUUAUUUUAAAUUGGCAGUUCUGGAUGAUUUCAAUUCUUUUCCUCGUAAUAAUAGUUAUUUAAUUGAUUCAAUUCUCGUGUUAACUGGUGCCCCGAAAGUAUUUAGAAAAUUAAAAAGCUUUACUUCGAUGAUAGGAGAUCAUAAAUCGAUAUAUCCAUUAUAUGAAUCAUUGUCAUUAAUUUGUAAAAAUAUUUUAAAAAUGGAUUUGAACUUGUUUUCAAAUUCUCAAGCGCAAUUAUUAGCAAAGCUUAUUAGUGCUCAAAAACGUUUAGAAAAUUUAUCAAUUGUUACUAGUGACCUUCAUAAUCUUCCUGAUUCAAUAUUUUGGGCCAUCAUUAGUCAAAGAGUAACGUUAAAGAGUCUACGUUUGUAUUUGAAUUUUUGUCAUUUUAAAGGGAAAGCAUCACCAUUUGGACAAUUUAUUUCACUUCAGGAACUUUAUAUUAAAGGCUGGUAUGGAUCGAAUUGUCUAUUAUUGGCUUCAUCAUUUACACAAUUAAGUACUUUUCAUUAUUUUCAAUCGAGUCAUAGAUAUCCUCAUGAAUUUAUUAUAAAAAUUCUCGAAACAGCCAAUAUGAAUUUAAAAGAUAUUUGUCUAAAUUUAUAUUCCACAAUUACAUUUGAUAUAUUUUCAGCAAUUUUAAAUUAUUGUACAAAUAUUACCGAAUUAACUCUACAUAGUUUAAGUCCUGAACUAGUAAUAGCAAUAUUUAAUAAUAAUUUUAAUGAAUUAAGAAGACUUUCAUUCGAUUGUGGAUGGAAUUGGCUUAUUGCUGAUGAAUUAUUACUUCAAAUGGCCAAGAAUAUACCAGAAUCACUUGAAACUAUUGAAAUUAGCAGGUGCGAUUUUAUUUCUGAUAAUAUAAGAAAUUUUUAUAAAGGGUGGUGUUGUAAAGGAAGAGGAAAUAAAAAGAUUAUUGUUAAAUCAAGAUCUGGGGUUAUCGAGUUUAUCUGA